ACCAUCACCACCUGCAAAACAUCGCUAGCCUCCUCGGUGCCGCAUCCAAAUCGUAACGGUCACGGGAGCUGGCAUCAGUACAAGCGCAGGAAUUCCUGUAAGUGUAAGGGCCUCUUCCCAUGUAUGUCUUCUCACCAGACUUAGGAUUUUCGAUCGAAGAAUGACAUUUAUCCACCAAGUUGUCGUGAUAAUUUCCGUUCGUCGGCACUCUUCGACCCGAGGAGAAGGCUUCCCUUUUACAGCCGCAUCGCCCACAUGCGCCGGGCCGUUAAGGACGCCAACCCGACAAGAACACACGGUUUCAUCCGUGGUUUGCGCGAUUUUGGCAAGUUGGUUCGGGUCUACACCCAGAACAUCGAUUGCCUUGAAGCCAAGGUUGGCCUCUCGACCGAUGUGCGAAAGGGCGCGGGAUAUCGAGAUCGUUUCCCCAAAACGUCCAGGCGGAAACGCAUUCACGGAGUCGGCUAUAAACGACGAGGUCAAGACGAUAGCCGAGGCGUCGAAUGUGUUCUUCUCCACAGAUCUCUCGAUCGUCUUCGAUGUUCUAACUGUCCGGGCACUUUCGGCUGGUACGAGGUUGGCCGAGAGUUGGAGACUCCUUCGGGCCCGGAGAUUCCUUGCCCAGGCUGCACUAAGUUCUCCGACGACAGACAGGCAAAAGGGAAACGCGCAACUACAAUAGAAAUUGCUAGAAGAGUGACCUUGUAGAUGAUUAGAAAUCUCGGUAGAGCUGGAUGACGUGUAGGAUGACGAUACGACAUGAUCAUCAGUAGGGAGCAGCUGUCCAAAUUGCAUGUAGGUACACAGAGUCAAGCACAUCUUCUAACGUGGGGAAGAUGAAACAUACUAGACCGGUACCUGGUCCGAGCCCGGCCAAAGGGCUCCUCGUAACUAAAUCGGCGUAUGUGAUUGAGAUCAUAGAAGGCAAAUCGCAGAGUGCUAAAGAGCAAUGAG